AUGCCAGCAGCCAGUACCAACAACGGAAUCAUCGAUGGCUUUCAGCCUGAAAAGACAGCCUCUGGACCCACGACUUACCUGGUCACCGGAGCCAACAGAGGUGAGUGAGCUCACUAUGCUCUCCUUCGUAUGGAACGGUGUAGAACUGUGCUGAUGGUCUUCUGGGAAAGGUCUUGGUAGAGGAAUGGUGGCAGAGCUUCUUCUUCGACCGAACUCCCUAGUUGUGGCUUGCGUCCGCGACCCAAAUAAUGAAUCCAGCACAUCGCUUUCGGAGCUACCCACAUCCGAGAGCACCAGUUUGAUCGUGCUGAAGCUCGAUUGCGAAGUAUCAGAAGAUCCAGCAGCCGUAGUCGACGCCUUGACCAGCGAGCAUCGAGUCACAAGCAUUGAUGUCGUUAUUGCCAACGCUGCAAUCGCCUCGGACUAUGGUCCAACGUCAACGAUCACUGUCGAAGCGCUGGAGAAACACAUGAAGGUUAACACCUACUCCGUACUUCGCCUGUUCCAUGCCACGAAAGACUUGCUCCAGAAGGCCGCAACAGGCAAUCCACGUUUUGUCCUAAUCGGUGCUCCGAUCAGCACAAUUACGAAGAUGGAGGAGUGCGCCAGAGCUCCGCUGGGAGCGUACGGUAUGAGCAAGCUCGCGGCUUGCUACCUUGUGCGCAAGUUUCACUUCGAGAACAAGUGGCUCAUCUCCUUCGUCGUUGAUCCCGGGUGAGCUGUUCCUCGACACUUUCGCACAAGUACGCACGACCUGACUGAUGAUCGGGUAUUUAGACAUGUGCAAACCGAUAUGGGAGACCAGGGAGCUCGUCUGAUGGGCCGCAAGAGUGCUCCCACGACCGUCAGUGACAGCGUCAGGGGGGUCUUCGCUCGAGUAAGCCUUUCUUAUGAUAGACGUGCGAUGAGGUUGCUCUACUAACUGCACUCCUAGAUCGAUGAGGCAACGAAGGAAAAGUCGUCGGGACACUUUCUACUGCACGAAGAUGGAUCAGAUGUUGCUUGGUGA